CGCUGACUGAGGAAGUGGCAUGUUGUGUGUUUGUGGUCGUUGUUAGUGAGCGGACGGAUGCUUCUCUCCUUCGGUGUUCGGCUCCACUCGCAUCUUUAGCCUUUAAGGCGUGUUUUCGGGAAAGGCCGGCUGAUGUUAGCUUCUCCACCUGCCUGCGACAAUGACCACCAUCGUCCAUGACACUACAGAGGCCGUGUGCCUCUCCAGCGAGUACAACGUGUACCUCAAACCCAUCGCCAAGAUGACCGUCAGUGUGGCGUUGCCCCAGCUCAAGCUGCCCGGCAAAAGCAUUUCCAACUGGGAGGUGAUGGAGAGGGUGAAGGCCAUGGUCGCUCCAGACCAGUUUUCAGCGUUGCGAAUCUCCAAGAGCACCAUGGACUUCAUCCGCUUUGAGGGUGAGGUCGAAAACAAGACGGUGGUCAAGAGCUUGCUGGGCCGGCUGGACGGGAAGAGCAUCAAACUGAGUGGUUUUACAGAUGUCCUGAAGGUACGUGCGGUAGAAAAUAAGGUGGAUUUCCCCACGCGUCACGACUGGGACUCCUUUUUCCGGGAUGCGAAGGACAUGAAUGAAACUCUGCCAGGAGAGCGGCCCGACACCAUCCACCUGGAAGGACUUCCAUGCCGCUGGUUUAGCCAGAAAGACAGCCAGCUCCCCGACCGCCCUUCAGAAGAGGUCCUCAUCGCUGUUUUUCAGGCAUUUGGCAAGGUGCGUAAUGUUGACAUCCCCAUGCUGGACCCGUACAGGGAGGAAAUGCUGGACAAGAACUUCAACACAUUCAGCUUUGGUGGCCAUCUGAACUUUGAGGCUUAUGUCCAGUAUCAGGAAUACUGUGGCUUCACGAAGGCCAUGGACACUCUGCGAGGCAUGAAGCUGAUGCUGAAAGGAGAAGAUGGAAAGGCAGUAGCCUGCAACAUAAAGGUAACCUUUGACACCAGCAAGCACCUCAGCGAAUCCGCUCUGAAGAGGCGUAGCUUGGAGAGGCAGAAGUUGCAGGAGCUGGAGAGACAGAGGGAGGAGCAGAAACGUCGGGAGAAAGAGGAGGAGGAGCGACGGAAGGAGGAAGAAAGGAAACAAAGAGAGCAAGAAGAAGAGGAGAAGGAGAGGAAGAAGGAGGAGAGGCUGCGGAAGAAGGAGCAGAAGCUUCGAGAGAAGGAAGAGAGGAGGAACCUGAAGAAGGUGCGGCGGCAGCAGGAGGAGGAGCACAAGAAGCUGCAGAUGAAGAUCGCCAUGGAGGAGAGGAGGCUGCUGCUGGCUCAGCGCAACCUGGAGUCAAUACGGCUGAUCGCCGAGUUACUGGGCAGAGCCAAGGCUCUGAAGCAGCAGCAGCAGGAGAAGGAGCGGGCCGAGCGGGAGGAGCGGGAGCGGCAGGAGCAGGCCCGGCAGAGAGAGGAGCUGUCCCGCCUCCAGCAGCUGGAGGCCUGCCGGCGCAAGCAGGAGGAGGAGUUGCGGCGGGUGGAGGUGGAGAAGAAGCGAGCUCUGGAACUGCAGCGCCGAGAAAAGGAGCUGAGGGAGAGGCUGCUCUGUAACCUUUUGAAGAAAAACUGUGGGAAACCGGCAGAACCUGCUGGAGAGCAGAACCAGAGCAGCCCGGUCACGAGAGAGGAGGCCUCUGAUUUCGGGGAUGUGCUGGCGCUGGGGGUCAUGGGUCAGCUGAACGGCGUGAAGGCUGCCGAGAGCAAGGACAAGCCGGUGUCUCGAGCUGGCGCUCCCUCCCAGGCGCUGGGAAAAAAAAAAGCAACAGAGGAGCGGAGAGGCGGAGGGGAGAGGAAGAAGGAGCGGGAGGGACGGCGGAAGGAGGCGGUUCGAAGCAGGAGCAGCAGGGAGCGAGCGAGGGAGCGCGCGCACAGAGAACGGAGCUCGCACAGUCGAGGGAGGAGGCGGCGUUCCCACAGCUACGGCAGCAGCAGCAGGAGGAGGAGGAGCUCCAGCCGCCGGAGGAGGAGCCUCAGCCGCCACAGGAGGAGCUACAGUCACCACGGCAGCAGGAGGCGCAGCCACGGCAGCAGGAGCACCGGCUCCAGCCGAGAGCGGAGCCGGAGCAGCAGCGGGAGGAGCUACAGCGGCGGGAGGAGCCGCAGGCGCAGCCGGCGCAGGUGCAGCAGCUCCAGGAGCAGCGAGCGGAGGAGCCACAGCCGUUACAGCCGGAGAUACAGGAGACGCAGCGACAGCAGGAGGAAGAGCCACUCCAGACGGAGAUAGACUUCUGCAUUUUCACGUGCCCAAAGGCUUCACCACAGCAAACAAAUAAAUACACAAAUCAUGGAGCAAAGAAACAAAUCCCUGUAACUGUUGCUUUGCAGCUGCGGUGGAAGCUGCUGCAGUUGAUUCUUUUUUUAAACCUGUUUCAUGCUUGAAAGCGUCCUGCAGCGAAUACAUUCAAGUGUUGACAGUCCUGAAACUUAAAUUAAUUCAAUUUGUUUUAAAGUAACCUCAUUGUUAGAAAAUGUUGUCCAAACAUGAUACUUUUUUUUUUUCGCUUUUAAAUUUAAAAAUAUUGAUGAUUUUACAGGUUUAAAGACUUACUACAGCUUCGCACACUUGAUCCUGCUUUGAAACCUUCAGCCUGCCGACGGCUUCCUCUCACUUUUACUUGUGUAAUUGUGCAUAUUUGUACCUUAGUAAAUAAAAGUCAGUCAGACGUUUGCAUGGAGUUUGUUCAUGUCUGCUGGUUAUGAAUUAAGGCUGUCGUAACUGACUUUAAAGAAGAACACUUGACUCAGUCAUGGCUGCUGUGCUGUAACAAAUGUGAAGGUCCUACAGAUUUAAAAGUACGUAUCUUUAUUUAAGACUUCAGUAUUUUUUAUUUGUUUUGUUUUUUGUUUUUUUUGAUGAGUUGCUGUAUCGUCCCAUCUGAAAGCUUUUAGUUUCCUGUCAGUCCGGGGUGUUUAAUUUGCCUCUUGUGGUUCUUUUUCACAUUUUAAAAAACACAGUGGAGUAUGAGCUUCUACAACUGUAAGUUGAGGAAAGCAUUAAAGAAGAUGACAGAAUGGGAGUCUUGACGUUAGAUGGUCAGUCUGGUCAUUUCAGCUCACAACAUCCGUACAUCCGUCUCCUGCACCUCUUGAUCCUGUGCAGGUUGUUGGGUGCCGGAGCCAAUCCCAGCUGACUAUGGAUGCACCCUGGACAGGUCACCAGUCCGUCAUAGGAUAAACACAGAGAGACCAGGCCACACACACACAACUGGAGAACCUGGAAGAAACCCAUACACCCAAAGGAAGAACAUGCAAAGUCCACAUCACCUUUGUUGGUAUAGAAGCUUGUACAAACCCAACUACUAAACUCUACAUCGCUGUACUGUCAACCUUCACUAAACAGCAGUUUGUGAUGAUCUUACUGUUUAACAGAACCAAGAAAAGCUAUGGUUUGUUUUUUGUUUGUACCAACAGUUUUGCCUGAAAAGCAUGAUGCGUUGUACCCAUUUGGUUGUUUUUUUUUUCUGUACUUAUCUAAGACUUCUCAGUUUGCUCAAGGUUUUUUUUUUUUUCAUCAAUGGGACAAAGUUUAGUUGGUUUGGGAAAAAGGAAAAAAAAGUCUAUGAUUCAAAGCUGUGGGACGAUGAGACGUGUGGCUGUUCCUCUUGCAUUGACGCACAGGCUUCAGCGGUGGGUGAAUUUGUUCAGCCUCACAAGAUACUGUAGCUGUGAUCAAACCCGAGAGCGAUUGCCCAGAUUUUGUUGGCAGCUGUACCUUGACGUCGUCAGUCGCACCCGUCGUCAUGUCAGAGGUGUUUUUGUUCUACAUAAUGCUCAUGAGACUCCAGAGCAUGUCUGGCAUCUGUGAUGACUAAGUUGACUGAAAUAAACUCAGAAU